AAAAGCACAACAUUGAUUCGGUUUAGACGAACACAGUAUCUUCUGAGCCACUCCUAUCUAGUUUUGAUUCGAGAGAACAAAUAAAUAAAAACAAUGGGAAGAAAAGCAUCGACUCUGCUUUUCUUUCUCUUGUGUUUCGGCUUCUUUCUUGUCACAUAUAAUCUUCUCACCCUAAUAGUCCACAACAGAUCUAAUUCUGAUGGAAGUCUACUUCUAGAUCCUCUGCCUCACAGAAAGACCAAGACCUCUCCAACACCGUUUCACGUAGCCGUAACAGCUACAGAUUCACCUUACAAUAAGUGGCAGUGUCGUAUUAUGUAUUAUUGGUAUAACCAGAAGAAAGCUCUUCCCCGUUCAGACAUGGGAGGCUUCACUCGCAUUUUGCAUUCCGGUAAUCAAGACAACUUGAUGGAUGAGAUACCAACGUUUGUCGUUGAUCCUCUUCCCCCAGGUCUUGAUCAGGGGUAUGUUGUCUUAAAUAGACCAUGGGCAUUCGUGCAAUGGCUUGAAAGAGCUACCAUCAAGGAAGACUAUGUGCUAAUGGCAGAGCCUGAUCAUAUAUUUGUUAACCCUCUUCCUAAUUUGGCUGUUGGUGGAUCACCAGCAGCUUUUCCGUUUUUCUAUAUCACACCUCUAAAGUUCGAGAACGUAGUCAGAAAGUAUUAUCCUGUGGAGAUGGGACCUGUGACAAAUAUCGAUCCAGUUGGCAGUUCUCCUGUUAUCAUAAGCAAGGAAUCACUUGAAAAGAUUGCUCCUACAUGGAUGAAUGUCUCGUUGACAAUGAAACAAGAUCCAGAUACUGACAAGGCAUUAGGAUGGGUUCUGGAAAUGUACGGUUACGCUAUUGCAUCUGCUCUGCAUGGGGUGCGGCACAUGCUUCGGAGGGAUCUCAUGCUCCAGCCUCCGUGGGAUUUGUCUACCAAGGCGAUGUUUAUCAUCCACUACACUUAUGCGUGCGAUUACAACAUGAAGGGUGAGCUGACAUAUGGCAAAAUAGGAGAGUGGCGAUUCGAUAAGAGAUUACAUCUGAGAGGUCCUCCACGGAGGAACAUCUCUAUGCCGCCUCCCGGUGUUCCAGAAAGUGUGGUAACUCUUGUGAAGAUGUUGAACGAAGCCACAUCAAAUAUCCCUAACUGGGACACUCUCUAACUCGCAUGCACUAGACACAAACCAUAGUAAGGACAACUAAUCCAUACAACAUCAUAUGUAUUUUGCCAAAUGAAAAGUUUACUUAUUUUUUUUUACUUUUUAUUUUCUGUUGAAAGAUCAAUCUGGUUUGAGACAAUAAUGUUCAAGAAGUCACUAUGCGAUAGCUAAAUGAU